UUCCACUCGUGGGACUUCCGGGAUCCUGACACCGGUCCGUUGUGAAAACAGCCACCGUUCCAGUUAAAAAAAUCUUGGUGAUGCUCUCCCGACCAGUUACGCCAAUCAAGCCAUCUGUUAGGGGGCGUGGCCUAACGUCUCCACCUCCGGUUCUGUUUCUGACGGACAUGAAGGAGACCCAUGCAGGUGUGUUUGGAUGGAGCUGCUUGUGCUUGACGUAUGCACAGUCAUUAGUGUGUGUCUCCUCUUCAGGAGUCUGCUCGCCUCCUCUUUCUCCACCUCCCCCGGCGCCUCCAUGCUCCUGCUCCUCCCUCCUUACUCGUCUGCUGGCGGUUCAUCGGCUGGAGGUGCGUCGGCUCCUGCGAGGAGCUUUGGCGUCUGUCGGCCAUCGGCUGGAAUUACUGGAGAGGAGGAGCGGGAGCACAAGGAGGAGGACCCCGAACAGAGGAACCCAUCACUCAGGCUCACCUGCCUUUGCCUCUAGCUCCACCCUCUUUACCUCAGACACACCAUCCUCUUUUGCCCAGUCUGACUUCUCCUCCUUGACAUCGCUUUCUUCAGUCAGCAGCGAGGAGGCGCGGUCUUCUGCAAAAAACCCAGAGCAGAAGAGUAAGAGGAGGAGCGCCAAGGAGAAGGUCAACAGGGCGAAGAGGAGAAAAAUUAGCCACCAGGACAUUUUUCUCUCAAGAGAUGUAGAAGAAAACAGCUCAGCAAAGGAGGAAGAGGAGGAGGAGGCAGGGAGGUGUAUCAGUCAAAUAACAGACUCCUUGGGACGAGGCGGGUUUACAGCACACAAGUUCAGCGUGAAUCCAGGAGGGGUCAGCCAAUCACAGCCCUGGAUGGUCCUAAAGAAGAAUGGCUACAGGUUCUCCUCCCAUGAUGCCUUGCACGUCCUGCAGUCACUUCCCAACGGGCGGAAUGGAAACCAGCCGGUGGCCUUUGGUUGGUGUUCCUCCAACGGCGUCCCCCACGCGUCCUCGUUGCUAAGUGAGGUCAGGUGCACCCCCACCUCCUACUUUAACUCCCCCCCCAUACUUCACCUGUCAUCAGUUGCCAUAGAAACAGUAUUGUAUAGGUUGAGGGGCGGAGCUAGCUGGGGUUCUCUGUGGCCUUUGAAGGACUGGACGGCCCCACCCAGUUUGAGCAGUGAUCACUGCUACGCCCUGAAGACGUCUGCAAGCGUGGUCGCUCAGCUUCAUCAAAAACGUGAUGCCGCUCAAAACUUCCUUCAGCUCGGGCAGAAAGCCCUCCCCCCUCCUGUUGGUUCAGCCAAUGGGGUUUUGAGUUCACUGUCUGACCAAUCAACAGGCGGUUCCUACUUCCUGUCCACAAAGGCGGAGUUCAGUAAACGAGUUUCUCAGAUCCGAAUCCGAAGGUCGUCCCCACGAGAGGCGGAGCUUACGCCGAUGGGCCUCCCGAAGGUCAAAAGGUUAAAGAAGAAAGAGUUCAGCGUAGAGGAGAUCUAUACCAAUAAGAACUACAGGGCCCCGCCCACUAACAGAAGUCUAGAGACUAUCUUUGAGGAGCCCCGGGAGAAAGAUGGAGCUCUGCUGCUGAUUGGUCAACAGAAGAGACGCAGACUCCUCCUCUUCCCUGAUGUCACUCAGCCCAGAAAGAGGAAGAAACCCCCAGUCAUCAAUCAGCAUCCAAAAAUCCAUCAAAGUCCUCAUCUUCUGCAUCUGAAAUGAACAGCUGGGCUGAAUUUCUAUCAAACGUCAGAUUCCCUUCCGUCAUUGUGAAACUGUGGCGUGACUCGCUGCGUCCCACAACAAUAAAAGCCGCGCCCCGUUGUGCGUAUCCUACCGCGCUGCUCCUGUUGCUCCAUGUUGGUGAUGUGGCUGGAGGUUUUGUCUGCGAUCUUUCUACUGCAGUAUGAGCGGAAGAUGAACAGCUUUUCAUUGUAAUCCGCUGGAAGUGGCUGCAGCACCGUAAUCCUCACCGGAUGGAAAGAUGACGGCGUUUCAUAAAACGAAAGCAAAAGCUUCCUCUGUCAGUGUUACUGCCCUCUGUGGAACAGUGACUGAGAAGCUUCUCCAAGCUGAUCGUUCAUCCAUCACUUUAGUCGCCUGGUUUCCGCAGAAACUCAGCUGCGUCUUCUUGACUGUCAGAGUUUGUUUUCCAGCUUCCUCCACUUGUGAACCAUGGAUUCAUUCAUCUGGAAUUGUCCAUCAUUUAGAAAUGUGAUCAAACUUUUCAACUGAAACUAAAAUUUCUCUUUAGGCUAAAUGAUGUAAACAUUUGUUUGUAGAUCAUUUCUUUGUGGGAAAUGAAUCUUCUGCUUUAGAGUCACAUUAGUUAGGAAGCAGCUUUUCUGGGAAGAUCUGGAGAAAUCAGGAUGUGAGCUCUAGGAUGAAGGAUCCGUCUCUGAACAUCUGCUGCUUCAUUCAUUCUCUGAUGAAACAUCUGACAGAUCUCACGUCCUCCUCACAUGUUCCCGCCUGGAAACCACAUCUGUACUGCUCCUCCCACCAAUGCAUGUUCCUUACAGACGUGGUUCCGUUUUAAAGGUUUAUUCGCAGAACUUCAUCCCCGUCAUCCAUCAAACAGGGAUUUUUAUAAAAUCCAUCCCAAGUUCCUCUUUCGGGGGAGAACCGUUCUUCCCUGAGAACGUUAGACUGCCGUGUUCUUGUGGUUAUAGAGAAGCUUUUGUGUCUGGAGGUUGGGUUUGGUUUAGUCUUCAUCACCUUCUGCUGAGCAGAAGUUCUUCAGUAAAAACUGUUAGUGCGUCAUGCUGGUUGAGAUCUUUACAGAACCCAGACUGAAACUGCACCUUUUACUG